CCCUUUGCAGCAGCACAGACCUGGAAUAAAACCUGCAUCAUUCCAGCAAGUGGCAAUGGCACCGACGACGGCCCGGCCAUCCGACAGGCUUUCCAGAAUUGCGGUACGAAUGGCCGUAUCGUCUUCCAAGAGAACAGCACCUACGAUAUACAGACAGUCUUGCAGCUUCACAACCUCAGUAACGUCCAGGUGGACCUAAGAGGCACCCUUCUCUUCUCGACCGAUGUUCGGUACUGGAUACAGCACGGCUCGCACUACUACUUCCAGAACAUAUCCAUUGCUAUGGAAUUCUCUGGAGAAGACAUCACCAUCGAUGGUCAUGAUACCGGCGUCAUUGAUGGUCAGGGACAAGUGUGGUAUGACCUGGCUCUGGGGAUAGGUGGACUCUUUGGACGCCCGAUCCCCUUCAGUCUCCGAAAUGUCUCGAAUGCCGUGGCCAAAAACUUCAAGAUCCUCCAGUCUGGAAAAUGGAACUUUGUAAUGGUAGAGUCGAAGAAUAUUCUGGUGGAUAACAUCUACAUCUCGAGCACCUCGGAUGAUUAUCAAGCAAAUCCUGGGAAUCUGGGUAACACCGACGGGUUUGACACAGUGAAUUGCGACAAUAUCACGAUACAGAAUAGUUUUGUCAAUUCUGGUGAUGAUUGCGUUAGCUCAACAAACAUACGCGUGAAUAAUCUCACCUGUGUGAAUACCGCCGGUAUUGCGAUCGGUAGCCUAGGGCAGUAUGAGGGUGUGUUUGAUGUGGUAGAAAAUGUCACAGUAGAGGACGUUUCGCUAAUAGGAAGCCGCACUGGGGCAUAUCUGAAAACAUACAUGGGCAAGGCGACGUACUAUCCUCCACAAGGAGGAGGGAACGGGACAGGAUCGGUGAAGAAUGUUUUGUUCAAAAACUUCUACAUUGAAAAUAUCACCGCGUCUCCGGUGCUGCUCCAGCAGUGCACCGCCUGGGCGGGCUGGGGAGUGCCAUCAUGCAACGAGUACCCCGCGACUGGAUUCACUUUCGACAAUAUAACGUGGACGAACUUUACUGGCUGGAUGAACGAGACAGUAGGGACCGACACAGUAUCUCUGGCUUGUUCGCCUUACUCGAAAUGCUCAAACUUUCAGUGGAAUAAUAUCACUGUAGUGCCAGCGAAUGGGACGGCGACAGGAGAGUGCACAAACGUGGAU